AACCACUUCUUUGGUAGUUAACCAUUAGUUAUGCAUUUCUGCAUUUUGAGUUUGCAGCAGUUGUUGUAGCUUGUUGCAUUGUUUCCACGGUCAUUUCCUUCUUCAUUCCCAUGCAAACCUUAGAAUAAUCUUCUUUUGUUACCCUCAAAUCCCAAUUUGGCCAAAUUGAAAAGUUUCCAUUGCCCAAAUGUCCAAUCAGAUUCUCUUCCUCCUUCUUGUUUCCCCUGCAUUGAUGUGUAGCUUUGUGGAUUCAAUGCGGUUCGAAUUGAAAUCAAAUCAACCCAAGUGCAUCAAUGAGGACAUCAAGAGCAACGCCUUAACCGUUGGCAAAUACUAUGUUGUUAGUCCCAGUGAAGGGUACCCAGUUCCUGAUUCUCACAAGAUCACUCUCAGGGUGCGUUCACCUUAUGGGAACAAUUAUCACUUUUCAGAUCGUGUGGAAUCUGGUAAUUUUGCAUUUACUGCAGCUGAGGCCGGUGACUACACAGCUUGUUUUUCUAUGGCGCCCGAUCAUGAUCCCGUAUUAACUGUGAUAAUUGAUUUUGAAUGGAGAUCUGGGGUGGCUGCCAGGGAGUGGGAUAAGGUUGCCAAGAAAGGGCAACUUGAAGCAAUGGAAUUUGAGUUAAAGAAGUUGUAUGGCACUGUCACAUCCAUUCAUGAUGAGAUGUUUUAUCUUCGUGGAAGGGAGGAAGAGAUGCAUGAUCUGAACAGAGCAACAAACAGCAAGAUGUUUACCUUCAGUUUCCUAUCACUUUUGGUUUGCUUGUCUGUGGCUGGUUUGCAGCUAUGGCAUUUGAAGGCCUUCUUUGAGAGGAAGAAGCUCCUCUAAGAUCCUUUCACACAAAUUUUAUUCUUUGGUUAGCUUGGCUUUUCACUUUAGCUGCUGGGCUCGUUCUUAAUGUAUUUAAAAUACACUAUUUAGAUUAUGUUUCUCUCUUUUGCAAUUCUUAAUGAUGAUUACAUUGAUGAGAAUUAUAGUAUACAUCA